CGUCAGUGUCCACACUUCUUUCACGUUGUUUCUUUCUACUCUGUGCAGUCGUCAGGGAUACCUCCUUCAUUCUCCGCCUCCAGACUCCGAGCGCGCCUCUACAGCCGUGACUCUCGCCGAGUCCACGCACGCACUGCUUAGCCGCCAACUUCUUCACAGUUUGCGACUCCCAGGCAAUCCACACCAGCAAUCGCCAGAACAACAAAGCCGCCGCCAACAUGUCUGACAAGCUCACCCGUAUUGCCAUUGUCAACUCGGACAAGUGCAAGCCCAAGGCAAGUGCAUCCCCCCUUUGCGCCUUGCCUAUCCUAACACAUCGCAGAAAUGCCGACAAGAAUGCAAAAAGUCGUGCCCAGUCG